AUGAUGAAGACUACUCCAACAACUGUUGCCCCCGCCUCUACUACAGAUGAUUCUGCGAAUCAACAUUUGGAUUGUGUUGAAGAUAAUUUAAUAUCAAAUUUCUCCACAUCCGAAGCGGAAUCAUCGCCAUCAUCAUUUUCCAUUAAUCGCAGGAAAUUCUUUAAUCGUAAAUCCCUCUUCGUUUCCAUAGUUGUUAUUGUAUUUUUAUUCACGCUACAAAUUGAUCUGAUACGUGGCGCCUUCGAAGAUGUCAAUAAUAAUAAGGUGAAAAUUACCAAACGUAGUUUGGAAUUGACCCAAACGAUAAAUAUGCAACGUCAGGAAUAUUUGCAAAGACAAUGUGAUACAUUGGGUUAUAGUCAACAGGAUUUAAAUGAUUUAACCGACGAACAAAUGGAUCAUAUGAUUGUGGAUAAGGAUUUUAAAUUCUUAUACUGUUAUGUGCCGAAGGUCGCCUGCACAAAUUGGAAACGUGUACUAAUGUUACUUAAAGGUAUGUGGCAAAAUGGUACAGAUCCGCUGAAAAUUCCCGGUUCACUGGCACACUCCGAUGGCAUGUUUACGAAAUUCAGUAGCCUGGAUGAAGAUGAACGGCAGAAGGUGAUGUCAGAAUACACCCGAUUUAUAUUUGUACGACAUCCAUUUGAGAGGAUCCUCUCAGCGUAUCGUAACAAAUUGGAAGGCAACGGACCGAGUACUCGAUAUUUUCAAAAACGUAUUGGCCGGCAAAUAGUACGAGGUAUACGUGUCGAUCCGAGCAAUCAUUCUCUGGAAUAUGGUGAUGAUGUUUUGUUUAGUGAAUUUGUCCAGUACCUGCUGACACCCUCAUUAAGUCUCAACAAUCAGUCAACCUAUAACGAACACUGGGAACCCAUAUCGAGACUGUGUAAUCCCUGUAUUAUGAAAUAUAAUGUCAUUGGAAAAUAUGAAACCCUUUUGGAUGAUUCCGCCUUGGCUCUCUACUUAACCGGUGCUGAUAAUGUUACAUUUCCCUCCGGCCACAAACCAUCGAAUACUCGUGCCUAUUUGCGCAAAUACUUCGAUCCAUUACCGAUCAGUGCCAUAAGGCAUUUGUAUGAAAUAUAUUCGGAUGAUUUCAAACUAUUCGAUUAUGGUUUGGAUGAUGUUUUAGGUUUUGAAUUUGGUUAAAAAUACAAAUA